AUGAGCUUCGGCUUCGGUGUCGGUGACUUCCUUGCUGUCUACCAACAGGCGAACAAAGUGCGCAAGAAGUUCGCGGGCGCGCCCAGCCAGUUCAAGACCAUCGCUGACGAGGUUCGCAAUCCCUCCAUCAUCCUCUCGGAUUCCGAGUGUGUCUACGAAUCCCGUGAAUCUGCUUCCCCACACCCAGACGACGAGGAUUUGAGAUAUAUCACGGCCAACUGUCAGAGUGUUCUCGACGAAUUGACCGAAACCAUCGAUAAGUACUGCGAGUUAAAGUCUGUAGACGGUAAAACAGAUACCAAAGACAAGUUCAAACGAGCAUGGAAACGAUUGACCUUCGAGCCCGAAGACAUCCGGGAACUCCGAAGCCGGAUCUGUUCCAAUAUCGCUGCGCUGAAUGCAUACAACACACGCAUCGCCAGAGACAACACCCAGAAACUCCUCCAGCACCAGGAAGAGCAGCAACACGAAAGCAUUCUAGCCUGGCUGACGAAGCCAGAUCUGGGUUUCCAGCAAGUGGAUUACGGUUCCCAACACAGUCUCAACCUCAGCCGUCGACAGCAGGGCACCGGAAGGUGGUUCCUCGACUCGGUGCAGUAUCGAUCCUGGCUCGACGGUGACAAGCAGACGCUGCUCUGCCUCGGAAUCCCGGGUGCUGGAAAGACGACCAUCGCGGCCAUCGUCAUCGACGACAUCCACAAGCGGAUAGAAGCCAGCCCUGCGAUAGGCCUCGCUUUCGUGUACUGUGGUUUUCGCGCCAAGCAGAACUUGUCCCAGCUUCUGGCUAGUCUGGUGGCACAGCUUAGCCAUGGAUCCGAUCUCAAAAGCCUCACAAAUCUCUACGAACGUCACAAGUUCAGGAGAACGCGGCCAACGACCGAGGAGCUGUCGACGACGCUUGUUGACAUUGUAAUAUCGUAUGCGAAGGUAUUCUUCGUCAUCGAUGCCAUAGAUGAGUGUUCUACGGACAACGGUACCAGGACGAGGCUUCUCGCCACCAUACUCAAUAUCAAAGAGAACCACAACGUCAAUUUAAUGGCCACAUCAAGACACAUACCAGCGGUGGAACGAUUGUUCAAGGAUGUGGAUUGCACGGACCUCGAAAUCAGGGCCAAGGGAGAAGACAUAGACGCGUAUGUCGACGCUCAGAUCAGCGACUUGCCAUACUUCGUACUGGAAGACGUAUCGCUUAUGCAAGACAUCAAGAAUAGCAUUAAGCGUUCUGUUGCCGGAAUGUUCAUGCUUGCAGCGUUCUACCUCGACUCGCUCAAAGGCAAAAUGAACUCGCGAGGUAUCCGCGACGCCCUGAAGCGGUUUCCGGUUGGCUCCGAUGAUCUCAUGUACGAUUUCGCCUAUGAAAACGCCAUGGAACGUAUCCAAGGCCAGCUGAAAGACCACGUCGAUCUGGCGAUGAAGGUCCUGUCUUGGGUGUCCUCGGCGGAAGAGCCCAUGGAAACAUCUGCCAUUAUCGACGCCUUGGCCGUGGAGCCCGGGGAUCAGUAUAUUGACAAGGACCGUCUUUUCCGCCUUGCUGAUCUCGAAUCAGUAUGCGCCGGUUUGGUCACGGUUGAUCAGUCAACUGGAAUCAUACGUCUCGUUCAUUAUACGGCGCAAGAGUACUUCGAUCGAAAGCGUAACUUUUGGUUUCCGACGGCCGACUUGGAUAUCACCCGUUCAUGUCUGACUUAUCUUUCAUUCAUGGACUUCGGUACUAAUGUACACGACCUUAAUGAUGACUGGCUCAGAAGUCAUCACCCUUUCGGGUUCUACGCAUUUGUAUCAUGGGGCUUCCACGCUCGCCGGGCAUCGAAGAAUAAUCAAAAGGACAGCUCCCAGCCGCUCAGGGACCUUCUCAUGAACUCAAUAGCGCAGUUCUUCGAUACCCCGAAUUCUGAAUUGGUUGGCCACCUAUUGUUGGCACGAGUAUUCGAAGACGACGAGGAGACCCUCGUAUCACAGAGCUCCUCUACAUCCUCUAUAUGGCUUCACACGGCAGUCUUCCACGAACUAGAGGAUUCCAUAAAGUUCCGAGGGAACUACGACGUGAAUGCCAAAGACAGCCUAGGCAGAACACCGCUGCACUGCGCCGUGGGCGAUAAAGGCGGCGGGUCCAUCAUUAGACUGCUACUCAGUGCAGAAGACAUCGACGUCAACGCGCAAGAUUACCUGGGAAGAUCGGCCCUUUGGUGGGCAGUCUUCUGGACGGACUCGUUUUCAGUCAAACUCUUGGUCCAGCACGAAGGUAUAGAUGUCAAUCUCCGCGACGACGAGGAGAAUCUGACGCCGCUCCAAGUCGCUGUCGAAAACGGGGACGGCGAAUGCUUGAAACUCCUUCUCGAGACGGGCAAGGUGGACGUCAAUGCUCCGCACGAAUACGGCAGUCACAUCCUGGACUUCCCCAUCGACGAGGGAAACGAGGAAAUCACAAAGUUGCUCGUCGAGCACGGAGCCGAGAUUCCUGCGUCACUCCGCUGUCUUCUGGAACCCUCGUCGCUAGAGGUCAUGAACGAUACUCGGGACAGCCUCAUCAAGACAUUGGUCUCUUUUUGUGUAGGCCUCGACGACAGGAGCAAAGUAGACCAGCUGAAGACGCACCUACUAUCAAAAGCCAUCACCACGGAAAAUCACCGAGCGAUGGAACUUCUCUUUGCGAAUGGUGCAGAUGUUAAUAGCGGUCGUCGUUCCCCGGAAGACUCUCUACAUCUUGGAAAGAUCGUCACGUCAAACAAACGAUACCUGGAAAACUUGCUGUUCGAUAGGGGCGCAGGAAUAAUCCGAGAAUCCACAAGGUUUUUGGAGGAAACCCCUCUGCUACGAGCAAUUUCUAAACAGGAUGAACACGCAGUCAGACUCUUGCUCACCUGGCAUGCAGAUGUCAACGUGAAGGGCGGUCUCGGAAACGACUCCCCUCUCCUGCUUGCCAUUAAAAAAGCCUCGCCAAUCUCUCUCGUGGAGCUUCUCUUGGAAAACGGCGCAGACGUGGAAGGAGAAGGGUGCCACGCAGGGGAAAGCCCAUUGCUAUAUGCUGUCAUCUGUCGCCAGCAGACAGUCUGCAAACUCUUGCUAGAAAAAGGCGCAAAAGUCGACAGGGAAAGCGGGACUCCCAUGGAAACUCCCCUCCACCGCGCCAUCUCAAUGCGUCAGGGGGCCAUCGCCGAGAUUCUUCUGGACUAUGGGGCUGACGCCAACAAGAUGUCCAUGGCGGAGUCGCCACUCACCAAAGCCAUUCUUCUCGGGAGCUCGGAUAUUGUCAAGAUGUUGCUGGAAAAGGGGGCUGACCCCAACGAAGACUGCAGCCGUGGUGAUAGAGCAGGGUGGGCUUACGCGCUCCAAAUAUGUGGCGAGGUCAUUCGAGAACCACUCAUCAAUGGCCUCGUCUGCGACUUUGAUCAUGAUCUCGUGCUCUGCACUCCGACGAUGUGCGCCAUCAUCCUUGGGAAGGUUCGAGAAGUUCUCACUGCACUCCGAUCCCAGAGUGUUAAAGACAAAUUCUGGUAUUCUUUGCCGGAUAUCUUCAAGCAACACGUUAAACGACCAGUCGACAGAGGAGACUAUGAGGGCAAAGAAGACGACGAGGACGGCAUGACUUCAAAGCCCUUCGGGGCCUACGAGGAUGGAGGUGAGGAAAUAGUCAAGCUUCUGGCUGCGCAUGAUGGAGACAUCAGCAAGACAGGAUUGAAUGGCUGUAUAUCACUAAACCCUGCUUCUAACGAGCAAGAGCAUCAGAAUACUGCUAAAUUUCUCGUGGCAGGAGGCCGCUCCAGGAUGAAGGAAAACGUUGGUGACAAUGAUGGACACAAACAGAUGAUCUCGGAUGUAAGAUGA